AUGCCAUCUUUCAAAUCCUGCCGAUGUGCUAGAUGUUACGAGAAGACUGAUGAUGUGUCGGAGAAGACCUCGCUAGCUGACCAGGAUGAAGUGAGGACUAUAUUCAUCAACCAGCCCCAGCUGACAAGAUUCUGCAAUAAUCAUGUCAGCACUGCAAAAUACAACAUUAUCACAUUCCUGCCACGGUUUCUCUACUCUCAGUUCAGAAGAGCCGCUAAUUCAUUUUUUCUCUUUAUCGCGCUGCUUCAGCAAAUACCUGAUGUGUCACCUACAGGCCGUUAUACGACGCUGGUUCCUCUUUUAUUUAUUUUAGUGGUGGCAGCUAUCAAAGAGAUAAUAGAAGAUAUUAAGCGACAUAAAGCUGAUAACGCUGUGAACAGGAAACAGACACAAGUUUUAAGAAAUGGUGCUUGGGAAAUUGUUCACUGGGAAAAGGUGGCAGUGGGGGAAAUAGUGAAAGUGACCAAUGGGGAACAUCUCCCAGCAGAUCUCAUCAGUCUGUCGUCAAGUGAGCCCCAGGCCAUGUGUUACAUUGAAACAUCCAACUUAGAUGGUGAGACAAACCUGAAAAUCAGACAGGGCUUACCAGCAACAUCAGAUAUAAAGGACAUUGACAGUUUGAUGAGACUUUCUGGCAGAAUCGAGUGUGAGAGUCCAAACCGGCAUCUCUACGACUUUGUUGGGAACAUAAGGCUCGAUGGACACAGCACCGUCCCCCUGGGAGCUGAUCAGAUUCUUCUGCGAGGAGCUCAGCUGAGAAAUACACAGUGGGUUCAUGGGAUAGUCGUCUACACGGGACAUGACACCAAACUGAUGCAGAAUUCAACAAGUCCACCACUUAAGCUCUCAAAUGUGGAACGGAUUACAAACGUGCAAAUAUUGAUUUUAUUUUGUAUCUUAAUUGCCAUGUCUCUUAUCUGUUCUGUGGGCUCAGCCAUUUGGAAUCGAAGGCAUUCUGGAAAGGACUGGUAUCUCAGUCUAAACUAUGGUGGCGCUAAUAAUUUUGGAUUGAAUUUCUUGACCUUCAUCAUCCUUUUCAACAAUCUCAUUCCUAUCAGCCUGUUGGUUACAUUGGAAGUGGUGAAAUUUACCCAGGCAUACUUCAUAAAUUGGGAUGUUGACAUGUAUUAUGAACCCACCGACACAGCUGCCAUGGCUCGGACUUCUAAUCUGAAUGAGGAACUUGGCCAGGUUAAAUACAUCUUUUCUGACAAAACUGGUACGCUGACCUGCAAUGUCAUGCAGUUUAAGAAGUGCACCAUAGCAGGUGUUGCCUAUGGCCAUGUCCCUGAGCCUGAGGACUAUGGCCACUCUCCUGAUGAAUGGCAAAGCUCACAGUCUGGAGAUGAGAAACCCUUUAGUGAUUCAUCACUGCUGGAAAACCUCCAAAAUAAUCAUCCAACUGCACCUAUAAUAUGUGAAUUUCUUACCAUGAUGGCAGUCUGUCACACAGCAGUACCAGAGCGGGAAGGUGAUAAGAUCAUUUAUCAGGCAGCAUCUCCAGAUGAAGGGGCCUUGGUCAGAGCUGCCAAGAUGUUGAACUUUGUUUUCACUGGAAGAACUCCGGACUCGGUGAUUAUAGAUUCACUGGGGCAGGAAGAAAGGUAUGAAUUGCUCAAUGUCUUGGAGUUCACCAGCUCAAGGAAGAGAAUGUCUGUGAUUGUCCGAACUCCAUCCGGGAAGUUGCGACUUUACUGCAAAGGCGCUGACACAGUCAUUUACGAUCGACUGGCUGAGACCUCAAAGUACAAAGAAAUCACCCUAAAACAUUUGGAGCAGUUUGCUACGGAAGGCCUCAGGACGCUGUGCUUUGCCGUGGCGGAGAUCUCUGAGAGCGACUUCCAGGAGUGGCGAACUGUCUAUCAGCGGGCGUCCACGUCUGUGCAGAACAGGCUGCUCAAGCUUGAGGAGAGUUACGAGUUAAUCGAAAAGAACCUUCAGCUGCUCGGAGCUACAGCCAUUGAGGACAAAUUACAAGAUCAAGUGCCUGAAACCAUAGAAACGCUAAUGAAAGCAGACAUCAAAAUCUGGGUCCUCACCGGAGACAAGCAAGAAACUGCCAUUAACAUCGGACACUCCUGCAAACUGCUGAAGAAGAACAUGGGAAUGAUUGUUAUAAAUGAAGGCUCUCUUGAUGGGACCAGAGAAACCCUGAGUCACCACUGCACCACCCUUGGUGAAGCUCUUCAUAAAGAGAAUGAUUUUGCUCUGAUCAUUGACGGGAAGACCCUCAAGUAUGCCUUAACCUUCGGAGUCCGACAGUACUUCCUGGACUUGGCUCUGUCGUGCAAAGCUGUCAUUUGCUGCAGGGUUUCUCCUCUUCAAAAAUCCGAGGUUGUUGAGAUGGUUAAGAAACAAGUCAAAGUCAUAACGCUGGCGAUUGGUGAUGGAGCCAAUGACGUCAGCAUGAUACAGACGGCGCACGUUGGUGUCGGGAUCAGCGGCAACGAAGGUCUGCAGGCAGCCAAUUCUUCUGAUUACUCCAUAGCGCAGUUCAAGUAUCUAAAGAAUCUAUUGAUGGUUCAUGGUUCCUGGAACUACAACAGAGUCUCCAAGUGCAUCCUGUACUGCUUCUACAAGAAUAUCGUCCUCUAUAUCAUUGAGAUCUGGUUUGCCUUUGUUAAUGGCUUUUCCGGACAGAUCCUCUUUGAACGAUGGUGUAUAGGUCUUUACAAUGUGAUGUUUACAGCGAUGCCUCCCUUAACUCUGGGGAUAUUUGAGAGAUCCUGCAGAAAAGAGAAUAUGUUGAAGUACCCCGAAUUAUACAAAACAUCUCAGAAUGCGCUGGACUUCAACACCAAGGUUUUCUGGGUUCAUUGUUUAAAUGGCCUCUUCCACUCAGUUAUUCUGUUUUGGUUUCCACUAAAAGCCCUUCAGUAUGGUACCGUGUUUGGAAAUGGGAAAACCUCCGAUUAUCUGCUCCUAGGAAACUUUGUUUACACUUUUGUGGUGAUUACUGUGUGUUUGAAAGCUGGAUUGGAGACAUCAUAUUGGACCUGGUUCAGCCACUUAGCCAUCUGGGGCAGUAUCACCCUCUGGGUGGUGUUCUUUGGCAUCUACUCAUCGCUGUGGCCCACUAUUCCGAUGGCCCCUGACAUGUCUGGAGAGGCAGCCAUGCUGUUUGGUUCCGGCGUCUUUUGGACUGGCCUGUUAUUCAUCCCUGUGGCAUCUUUGCUUCUUGAUGUGGCCUACAAGGUUAUCAAGAGGACUGCGUUUAAAACAUUAGUAGAUGAAGUUCAGGAGCUGGAGGCCAAAUCUCAAGACCCCGGGGCUGUGGUGCUCGGAAAAAGCCUCACCGAGAGGGCGCAACUGCUCAAGAAUGUCUUUAAGAAGAACCACGUGAACUUGUACCGAUCCGAGUCGAUGCAGCAAAACCUGCUCCAUGGCUAUGCUUUCUCUCAAGAUGAAAACGGGAUCGUUUCUCAGUCCGAAGUGAUCAGAGCAUACGACACCACAAAGCAGAGGCCUGAUGAGUGGUGAUCCGGAGCAGGUGCGAAGCAGGCUCUGCUUCAUCUCGCAGACAAGCCACAGCAUCUCCACUAGGCUCUGCUGACCAAGCCCCAUCUGGUUCAUGAAGGCAAAGAUGGAUCUGAGCUCCUCUGGCUCAUGGCUGCUCAGAUUCCUGUAUAUUAUAGACUAAGCACUGUGCAACUCUACUGUCACACCAUCUCGUUUGGAUUCGAAGAAAUAUUUGCUCACAAGUCUUUGUACGCAGAAAUCAAAACAUGACCUUGUGUCUGGCCAGAGAACUUUCUAAAUUGAGGCUAGGUCAGUAUUCAUGCUCUGGGGCGGCUACAGACACCCCAUUUCCUGGGCCUACCUGAGGAGAUGCUCAAUCGUGUUUGACAGACCCUCCAUGGUAUUAAGUGAAAGGGAUGAUGUCCACACUUAGAUUUCAGGAGAUGCUGGCUGGGGGCAUGGAGGGGGGAGGGGGGGGAACAACCAACCAGCGUUCUUAAGGAACUGACUCACCUCACUGAGCAGUUUUCAAAGCAAGGCGUUAACUGUUCAUGUCAAAAACGGUCUUGAUAAAUGUUUGCCAAAGAAGCUCAGAAGGCUGUUUCUCAGUCAGUAGUCACCUGCCCAGAGAUUUCCAAGAACGUCUACCUUCCAGUCCUGCCGUGAGCCCUGCAUGUGUGACUUCUCCAGUGUCAGAGUGAUUUGCGAAAACAUGAGUGUGUUGCAGGCAUUUGCUACUAAGAUCCGUGCUGUUGCACCUUCGGCCUUACAAAUGCUUCUUUCUCGUGAGUCCUGUUGAUCUGUCCAAGUGAGGUAGCGCAUGUGUCAUUUCCUUGAACAAUUCUGGUUUUUCACGUGGUAGCUGUGCCCCUGGGUCAUUUCGGAUGAGGUUCCAUUGUCCGGUAGCUUUUUCAGAAUAUCUGGCUUCUGCUGUAGCUUGAGUUGCGGCCUUUUGUCUCAGAGUUUUCCCUCUUCAGAAAAAAAUAGGUGACAUGGUACAGGUGGGAUUUCCAAAGCUUCCGUGGAGAUGCUUGGGGAAAACGUGGAUGGAUGCAUGGGCUUAGGUCAGGUGCAUAGGCUCAGCUUUGAUCGUGUGUUCGGCUCUGGUACUAGAAACACCUGCGUUGUAGGUGGCACGCCCCGGCUUAGCGUGGACUGGCCCAACUCUGGAGAUGGAGAAGUCAGUCCUUCACAGCUCACUCGGCAAGCAGCUCCCCAGAUUAGCCACUGGCGGCUCCACGGGGCAAAUAAGUAAUACUUCUUCCCCAGUGUAAAAACCUCACCUAAUUUACUCCAGCCCAGAACUCUGCUCUCACUGUUUCAUCAUGAGAUGGUCUCCUGGAUACAUUUUAAAAUGCCCACUUGAUUUCAUCAUUUGGGAGCAUUUCCAAUACAUCCCCCACCCCACCCCACCCUCC